UUGACCUUUUACUUCAAAACUAAACUUCAUCUCCCAAUCCCAACUCUUCCUCUCGUUCUCAGUUCGGAUGCACCUCUCACUCUCGGUUCUUCUUCUUCAAAUCUGAAACUCGAAGCAGCAAGCAUCGCUUCACUGCUCUUGUUCUGUAAACCAAAGUCGCAGAACAGUAAACACCCACACCGUCUCGCUCCUCUUGUUUUUCCUACUAAACCCAUCGCCAGAUCUGCCACUGCCUAACGUGAAUGUCCCAGCGGUGAUGCAUCAAAGUCUGAAUACUCAGUGGGGAAUCGCAUCCAGUCUCCACUUGUUCCUAUUGAACUCGCAAAUGGUCUUCCUGGCAGAAUCUCAGUGACGGGCCACCACAAUGUUACUGUUCAUCAUCGCUUUCUUGGUUCUUCAACGACGAUUCAAUUUUUGUUGAUUUUUAAGGGGUCAGUCUCCCUUUUGCAGAUAAUUCAGAAGAAGACCCUUUUACACCAGGAGUUCUUUAUUGAUAAUUGAACUUGUUGAAUUCUGGCCCAAAAUUGAAAGAGCAAGAAAUGUUGGGUGCUAAUUCAUUGGUUGGAUUGCAAGACCACUUGAAGUUGGCAAGAGAGUACGCACUUGAAGGAUUGUACGAUACUUCAAUUAUCUUCUUUGAUGGGGCCAUUGCCCAGAUCAACAAGCACCUAAAUUCACUUGAUGAUCCUUUAAUUCGCACGAAGUGGAUGAAUGUCAAGAAAGCUAUAUCAGAGGAGACUGAAGUUGUGAAGCAAUUGGAUUCUGAGAGAAGGGCAUUUAAAGAAGCACCUACCGGGCGUCGUGCUGCUUCUCCACCCAUUAAUGCUAAAUCAUCAUUUGUCUUUCAACCACUAGAUGAGUACCCCACUUCAUCUGGUGCUCCUGUGGAUGAUCCUGAUGUGUGGAGGCCCCCUAGUCGGGAUACUACAACUAGGAGAUCAACAAGAGCUGGGCAAGUGGGUAUGAGAAAAUCACCCCAAGAUGGGACUUGGGCUCGUGGUUCUUCAAGAUCUGGUACAGCUGGACGUGGGCCAAGGACUGGUAAUUCAGGUAAAAGUAGCACAGGUGUUCGAUCAUCAAAUACUGGAAGGAGGGGAACAGGUUCUGAGAAGAGCUCCAAGGCAGAUUCAGUGAAUGUCGACACUGAAGAUGGGAAGGCAAAGAAGCCACAGUAUGAAGGACCUGAUCCAGACUUGGCUGCGAUGCUUGAAAGGGAUGUCCUGGAAACAAGUCCUGGAGUACGGUGGGAUGAUGUUGCAGGUUUGAGUGAAGCCAAAAGACUUUUAGAGGAGGCUGUGGUUCUUCCUUUAUGGAUGCCGGAAUAUUUUCAGGGAAUUCGGAGACCUUGGAAAGGUGUUCUUAUGUUUGGCCCUCCUGGGACUGGUAAAACACUUCUGGCUAAGGCGGUUGCUACUGAGUGUGGUACUACAUUUUUUAAUGUAUCUUCCGCCACAUUAGCCUCAAAAUGGCGUGGGGAGAGCGAGCGCAUGGUGCGGUGCCUAUUUGAUCUUGCCAGAGCUUAUGCACCUAGUACAAUUUUUAUUGACGAGAUUGAUUCUCUUUGCAAUGCAAGAGGGGCUUCCGGAGAGCAUGAAUCAUCUAGAAGGGUGAAGUCUGAACUUCUAGUUCAGGUAGAUGGAGUAAACAAUACUGCCACAAAUGAAGAUGGUAGCCGGAAAAUAGUAAUGGUAUUAGCAGCAACUAACUUUCCAUGGGACAUAGAUGAGGCUCUCAGGAGGAGACUGGAAAAACGUAUAUAUAUUCCUCUUCCUAAUUUUGAGAGUCGUAAGGAGCUUAUUCGGAUAAAUUUAAAAACAGUCGAGGUGGCUGCUGAUGUGGAUAUUGAUGAAGUGGCUCGACGAACGGAGGGCUAUAGUGGAGAUGAUCUCACCAAUGUUUGCCGUGAUGCUUCCUUGAAUGGCAUGAGGCGUAAAAUAGCCGGAAAAACACGUGAUGAGAUUAAGAACAUGUCCAAGGAUGAAAUUUCUAAGGACCCUGUUGCCAUGUGCGACUUUGAAGAAGCUCUAGUGAAGGUCCAACGAAGUGUUUCUGCUGCUGAUAUUGAGCGGCAUGAGAAGUGGUUUUCAGAGUUCGGGUCAGCUUGAUCAAGAUCGAAAAAAGUCUCAUCAGCCUUGAGGCCUGAGGGCACAUUGUUCUAUGUGCUGAGUGAUUGUUUCUUCUCUUCUUUUCGGUACCUUUCCCUCGAGUUGGUUAUCCCUGCUUGCAAUGAUCUCUAGUAUGGAAAAUAUUCAUAUUGUUGUGCUAUUUUGUAUCUAUAAUCUCACUCCAUACAGUUCCAUCUGCCAGACUAUGAUCAUUAGUAUGACUUGCAUCGUUCAUAGUAUUUUAUGUACCUACACAAAGGAGAAUCCAAACAUGCGAUGAUAAAAAAAAAAUGAAAUUAUGAUGCUUGCCCCACCACUGAGCCAAAUAAUGAUAGGUUUGUAAUUGGUUUAUGCCUGAGAAUAUUUGUAGCAAGAUUAAGACUCUCUUUGACAAUAUUGAAGAAAAAUGAUUCUUUUACAGUUUCU